GAUGAUGCCGGUUGGCUGCUAGCAAGCGGUUUCAUCAUUUUUACUAUGCAGUCUGGCUUUGGUAUGUUGGAAUCAGGACUAGUAUCUAAAAAGAAUGAAGUUAACAUUAUGGUUAAAAAUACAGUAGAUGUUAUAUUUGGUGGAAUAUCAUUUUGGAUGUUUGGUUAUGCAAUUGCCUUCGGUAUUGACACCGUUCCGGGUAGAAAUAAUCCUUUCACUGGGAUUGGCAAUUUCUUCGUCGAUGGGCACGUCAAUUCAUCCGGUUGGCUGUAUACCAAUUUUUUCUUCCAGCUGUCAUUUUCGACAACUUCAACAACAAUCGUAUCUGGUGCUAUGGCUGAAAGGACAAAACUGGAUUCUUAUUGUGUCUUCUCGUUUUUCAAUACUUUGGUUUAUGCAUUCCCAGCUCACUGGAUAUGGGAUUCUAAAGGCUGGUUAAGACAAAUGGGGGUUGUUGAUGCAGCAGGCGGUUGUGCUGUCCAUAUCGUCGGUGGUUUUACUGGUUUGAUUGCCACUUUAAUUUUACGUCCUCGAAUUGGACGUUUUUCUUCUAAUUAUCAACCUGAAAUGAGCUCUCCAACGAACGCUAUCGUUGGUAUGUUUAUGUUAUGGUGGGGUUGGUUAGGCUUUAAUUGUGGCAGUAGCUUCGGUGUUACUGGACAUUUAUGGAAAUUCUCUGCUAGGGCUGCAGUAACAACGAUGAUGUCGUCGAUUGGAGGUGGACUCUACGCUAUUAUAUUUAGUUAUAUUGCUUUCAAGAAAAAGAUUAAAAUCAAUCAUAUGAUAAAUGGUAUUUUGGGUGCACUAGUGGCUAUUACGCCGUGUUGCAUGGUUGUCGAUGCAUGGGCUUCUAUCGUUAUUGGUAUCAUUGCUGCUGCAUGUUCUUGCCAUGGUGCCACUUUGCUAGCUCGCAUACGUAUCGAUGAUCCUGUUGAUUGUGUUGCUACACAUGGUUUCUGUGGUAUGUGGGGGAUGCUUGCUGCUGGUUUAUUUGCGCAAAAAGAACUUACCGACCAAUUUAGCAUCUAUGAUGGAUUAUUCUAUGGUGGUGGAAUGCAUUUAUUCGGAAUACAAAUGUUAGCAGUAGUAUGUGUAACAAUAUGGACAUUGGUUACUUCAUUUAUUGUCUUACUCUUAAUUAAAGUUAGCAUGGGUAUACGAUUAACAGAAGAAGAAGAACACUUAGGUGCUGAUGCGGUUGAGCAUGCAUUUGAU